GCGAAGAAAAAAAAUCUUCAAAACAAGGAAAGAAAAACCAGAAGGACGACGACGAAGCAGGGACAGAACAGAAAGAAAAGCCCAGCACAGUGCGCUCGACCGAUGGGGGAAGGGGGACGGCAGCUUUUCCUGACUGCGUUUGAGUGAAAAUUCUGCGUGAAACGAGUGAGAACGGAAAGCAAAACUAGCCCGUCGCCGUCAAUUCGCCUACUUUGGCGGCAUUUGUUUUGUUUCGAAGCGCAGGCAAACCGUUAAAUCUCGUCUCGUCCAUCAAACAACACAUUUGCUGCUGGGGUUUGCCGUUUGCUAGUUUAUUUACCUUUUCACAAAAACUUUGUCCCCUGCACUACCUGUCCGUGGGGUAGGGUGCUGAUGCGUUCAGUACGUGGUUAGCACUGUAUCCAACGGGAAAUUUGGGCAAGAAAGUCCCUUGUGCGGUAUGCCAUGCUGUCGAGUGAUGUGUUUCGCGUGAAAAAGCCGUGUCGUAUUCCGCCGUGUCUCUGAGUCUGCCGAGUGUUUAAGUGUUUGGUUUUGUCGGUGGGUGGGUUGGGUGGUGCAGGUGGAAAGGCGUUCUGCUUUGUGUCGUCCUUCACGCAGCGUUUUCCUUACUUGGCGAUACGCAGCCCGUCCGGAGGGUAUGGAGAAAAAGGUUGAAAAUGAAUCUGUUGCAACAAUACCAAGCACGACCUCGACGGGGACGGUGGAAGCAAUGAAACAGGUGGAAACGCAAGCGCCACAACAGAUACUGUCACAGACACCGAUGCAGGAAAACCCCGCCGGCACAAAUGGUACCAAAGAACCGCAGAGAAAGUGUCUGAUGUGUUUGCUACCCUUCGACGAGCUCAGCUCGAUCGGGACGGCAUCGGCGGAAGAACUGAAACGGAUAGUGGACAACAUUUACAAGAUUGCCAAAAUCGAGGUAAAACCGGUCGAUGGAAAGAUUGAACCACUAUGCAACGGGUGCCGGGCGAAGCUGGGGUACGAUUACGACGAGGACGCCUACUUCGAUAUGCUAAGCCAGAUGUACAACAGCGAGGCAGUGAGCAAACCGCCCACGAUCACGAUGCACAACGGCAUACCGGUCCACGUGGCGGUUCCGUGCGAUGCCAGCCCCGACUCGCCCCUGUCUGGGCCGGGCGGGCACUACAUCGACGCGGCCUGCGGUACGUUCGUCGUGACGGAGCUGGGCGUGGAGGCACUGAACGCGGACAAGGACGAGCUGGUGUGUGCGAUCUGCUCGAAAGCGUUCAACUUCAAGUCCACGCUGCGGUUGCACAUCCGCAGCCACCAUCAGACCGCACCCCGGGACACGAUCGAGCUGCCGAAGCAUCCGCGCAAACCGCGCACGUACGAGUGCACCGAGUGUAACCUUAGCUUCAAGCUAAAGUACGACUUUGACAAGCACGUCGGCACGCACAAGAAGCCGAGCAUGCACCAGUGUGAAGGGUGCUUCAAGCUGUUCAAGCACAAAUCCUACUAUCUGAUGCACCGGAACCUGAAGCGCUGCAAGGCACAGUUCUCGAUCGACCUAACGAACCCGCUCGACCCGUUCCUGAUGGCGGACGGGCAGGAGGCGAGCGUAGGGCUCGAUGUACCAUUGCCGAUUGCGCCAUCGACCGGUCGGCGAAAGAACGGCACGGCAAAGGAGCGUAACGGUGGUGGCGGUGCCGGUUCGCUCGGUUCGGUUCCUGCAUUUCCGCUACAGUGCACCCCGGAAUUGGGAACGCUCACUGACUGUGGUAUAAGGAAUGCCAGCUAAAGGGAAGCGUCUGGCUAUUUUUUGUUUCGUUUUACAUACACCCGUAAGUACUUGCCGCGCAUGCUACUGCUACGAGGUAUGGAAUGACGAGGUUCCUAGGGGUGGUGUACUAAACUAACGUAGCUCGUUUAAGUGUACAUAUUACAACAAGCAAAUUGGUGAUGUGUGAUUGCUUGCCGACUAUUUCCGUACCGUAUUCCUGUUACCGGGAAUGUCACAAAGAAACCCGGUUCCUAAAGAUUGGUUUGCCAUUCGUUCAAGUCAUGCAAUUGAAAACUACCCAAAGAUUUGAAACUUUUUUGUUAGUCAGCUUUCAGAGGCCAUAGGCAUGCGAUUGCCUAAUUUUAACCAAACUUAAGGUGGUGUGCAUCAUGUUGCAAUGCCAUAAUCGUUUUUUUGUUAUAAUUUUAUUGUUUUUUAUAUGCCCUUGUUUAUAUUCCGUUUUUUUGUUUUAUUUUUAAUGUUUUAUUUAUUUAUUAAUUUAUUUCGUUCGCUCUAUUAUUAUAGUCAUUUCUUGCUCUUUGUCCUUUGGCUUUCCCUUAAACCGUGUUCAGCAGGAAAUAAGCUAAACUACCCUUUCUCCGAUUGAUUAGGAGAAAAGGGUACAAAAUUUGUUUUUCACUUCUUAGUGUCCACAUUUGAUACAAAGCUUCUUGGUGUGUUUGUAUGGAUGUACCGACCGAUAGGUCCACGAACGAUGAAUGAACCGCGCGAGCCCCGUUUUAGGUGUAAGUUAGGGAAACUGUAUUCGUGCGGGACAAAUUUACUUAAUUCUUAACCAACUGUCCAUAUCUUUCUCACAUUCGCGGUCGCACCCGGCUAAUCGGAACAAAUCUUAAGAUGUAGCGUUUACGAUCGGCGCAACGAGGUGCGCUUUCAUUAUUUUUUUAUUUACCACACUAAGAUUUAUACCAAAACGGAAUGGAAUUCUUGUCAAUGAGAUGGCAAAAACAAAAAAAAAACGGGGAGCCAUAACUUUCUACUGUUUGUCGUUUACUUUAGUCAGCUGCGUGUGAUAGCGAGAUAUACAGUGUGUCACUCUUUUUGCCCUACCGUUCGUUCUACAUAACUGGUAACGUAAAUUGGAGUUUUCUUACCUAACACGUACACGUAUAAAUAAUUCGGAUUUUGCAUGUGUGUCGACGGGAUCGUACGGGGUGUAGGAAUGGGUGGGUAGCGUCCAGUUGGCGCAACACCUUCCCAUCGAGGACCUACAUGUGUGUGCAAUUUUCAGCAGCUACUCUGCGAUCGAUCCUGUGCGGUUCGUGUUAUUGUGAUGAAGGUGGCAUAUACGAUGGAAUUUACGAAUUAAGAUAGUAGAUGUAUAAAAGCUUAAAUGCGUAACUAUAUGGUAAGAAUGCCUGGCGGCAAAUUCCUUGGCGCGGAGAGCAAGGGAAAAGGGGAAUUCGAUUAUUUUAUGAACCGAAAGGAAAGCAAAAACCAAACCGAAACGAAAAACAAAGCCAAGAAAAACCAUUUUUUUAUGAUUGAAUGAAAAUUUCAUUGCAUUCGGCAUUGAGACAAAGUUCGGACGAUCCAGAUGAGUAAUAAAAGUAAGCGUAAGAAAACUCGUAAUUUAAUCUUAAA